AUGCCCAAGCGCGGCCGACCACCACGCGACACUCUGACCAAUCAGGGGCCAUCCCGGCGGAGCUCCUCCGCAUGGCUCGAUGUGUCCCACAAUGGCCCAACCAGAACCCGCACCCGCACCCGUACCAGCAUCAGCGCCAUCCCCCCCCUCUUCCCCCUCUCCCUCCCCCGAACCCCAACCUGGCGACCCUACCGGCCACCACCACCAGCACAACCCACCAACAACGGCAACAAUAUCAACCAUGACCCUCCCAUCGACGCCUCCAUCCUCCCCGACGGCAGCAAGUCCCUCUCCGGAAUCUCCCUCCGAGCCUUCCUCAUCGGCACCACUUUCGGCCUAACCACCACCCUAACCCUCAUCACCACCACCUACACUCCCCUAUAUACCCCCCUCUGGCGCAUCCCCUUCUUCCUCUCCAGCCUCUCCCUCUUCCACUUCCUCGAAUACUACAUCACCGCAACCUACAACACCCGCUUCGCCACCACCUCCGCCUACCUCCUCUCCUCCAAUGGCUGGACCUACCACAUCGCCCACGCCUCCGCCAUCACAGAAUGUCUCCUGACACACUACUUCAUCCCCACACCUCUCAUUCUCACCCCCCGGCUCAUCGUUGCCCAAGUCGCUCUGGGCCUGGUCCUAAUGACCGUCGGCCAAACCGUCCGGAGUGUGGCCAUGGCCCAGGCGGGAAGUAAUUUCAACCACACGGUGCAGGUCAAACGGCGCGAGGGUCAUCGCCUCGUCACGGAGGGAGUGUAUGCUGUGUUCAGACAUCCGAGCUAUUUUGGGUUCUUUUGGUGGGGGUUAGGCACCCAGUUGGUUUUGGGGAAUGUGUUUUGUUUGGGGGCGUAUGCGCUCGUGCUGUGGAGGUUUUUCUCGAGUAGAAUUGAUCGGGAGGAGAGGUUUCUAGUUGCCUUCUUUGGAGAGGAGUAUCAGGAGUAUAGGAAGAGGAGUUGGGUUGGAAUUCCUGGGAUUCAUUGAUCGAUUUAUUUCUCAUCUAUGUUCCUUUAUAUCCCCUCUUUGGGAGGUUGGGAUUGGAUUGUAUAUGGAGGUCAUAAUGGCAUAUAAUACUGUACAAUACUGCGUACAGCAAGGUGGAUUGUCAUCGCUAAAUGGUAUCAGAGCCCCAAACGCCGUGCUAUCAUGGCUCAUGCUCGGAAGAUCCAUAUAUAC